AUGUGUAUCAAAAGAGUCUUCCACAACACCUACAAUGACGGCUACAAAGACGUCACCCAGCGCGUGGACCCGUGCCAGCUGGGUCACAUGUGCCCCAAUCCCCGCAUUAUCGAAUACGACUGCGACUUUAAAAAGUCGCAUCGUGAGGCUGAAAUGGCCCACACGCGGGGCGACCAUUCCCUUCCAGCUUCACUGAAGAUAUUCCCACCCACGCCGCGGUCAUUGUCGCCGUCUAGCCCUGGCUUUGGAUCCCGGUCUGGCUACAGCACCAGCGGCGGCGGAGACCGGCGUCGCCCCGACAGUUUUGUUAACGGUACAUCCAGUCCUCGAGUGAAUGUCUUCGUGGCGCCUGAGCCGCCUACGUUCAACAUCCACCCUAUCAAUAUCCAGCGCAAAUCUACAAUGCCACGCGGCCUUGAGACACCACCUCCAGAGCGCGGCCGAUGGCCGGUUGUCGUCGAGGACCACAAGCCACGGGGCGUAAGCAGUGCCAGUCCUUCUGUCCCUGUCGUGGUGGAGCAUGCGUCGGCCUCCCGUCUGAGCAGACGCAAGAGCAAGCUUGAUCGCCACACAGACAGUAGCCGCAACCGGUCAUCGAGCCAUCAUCGCCACCACGAAAGCACCCGCGCUUCGGCCAUGCCCGCCUACGAUACUUAUCUCAAACCGCACAGCCGCCACACUACCCAUUCACCCCCAGGCUAUGGCUCGGCCGAGGAUGAACAUGAUCGGGAGGCACGCCGGCGCCGUCGUCAAGCUGCGAAUGAACGUGCAGCCGUGACGCCGUCUUCACUACCGGUCUUCGGAAGCAAUAACGUUCUUGGGACGUCCUACAGCUCGUCAACGACUAGUUACGGGUCCAACUCGGCCACCGUCUCACCAGCCGUGGCUACUGUCAGAAAGGAACUGCGGUGGGAAGACGAGCAGCGGAAGAAGCAGAAUGCAGACAUCAGCAAGCGUCCUAGCCUGUCCCGGUCGCAAAGCGUGAAGGACAACACAAAGCUGCAAGGCGACGUCAAGUCCAUUCUCAAAAACGGCCCGCCUGUACCGAUCACUCCUGAUGUUGAGCGGUCACCGACAGCAUCGCCAAAGGCUUCACCACGCGAUCGGCGGGCUUCGUUGUCAGCGACAGACCAUCGUACCACCGACAUUGACGACGUUCUCAACUCAUUUGCUGGUCUUGGUAUUCAUGGCCGUGGUACCUCGCCGGCUGAUCGUGCAUCAGAGACUUCUGCCGACCGAGAGUACCGCGACCGGAUGCGUGGCCGCUUUAACAUGGCUCCACGACACUUCAUGGCUGGCGGCAGCUCCAAGCGGCGGACAGAGGUCUGGUACCCUGAUGAGGGACGCUAUCGGUUUACGUGA